CGUGACAAGUGUGACCCACACUCCAACUCUGUUCUUCCCUCGCUUCCCAGCUGGUCCAGAAUCCCAACUAGGGCCCUCACCUUCAGCGCAAACAGACGGAACCCUCUGGUGUCCCCACUCUUCACCUGUGACUCGGCAAGCACCUCUGUGAUGCGCUGCAGGGUUAACUUGUGCGGCUGGCCAUACAGUUCGAGCCCCUGUCACAGCUAUGGCCAGUUUGGCAUGGGGAAGGCAGGCAUCAGGCCAAGAGUUCUUUAAGAAACACAAGGGGGAGCUAGAGAUGCGUCUUCAUGUCCUUGAUCCUAUCCUAAACCACCUGGAGUGUGGCGGGGUUCUCUCUUGCCCGGAGAGGGAGGAAGUGGAAAGCAACACAACCCGCCUAAAAAAGAACUUUGCCCUCAUAACCAUGCUGGAGAAGAAAGGAGGCGUGGCCCAAGAGAAGUUUUAUGAGGCUCUUAAGAAGCAUAACCCUCUUCUGCUGGAGGAUCUUCAGCCUGAGCCACAGCAAAGAGGAAAUAUUCCUCCACCUCGACAGAUCCAGUUCACUUCAGUGCAGCCAGACUCUGUGUCCUUAAGCUGGUCACCACCAGAGUGUGCUCCUGGACCCCACAGGUUCAGAGUGACCUGGAGAGGUGGUGAAAAGCAGCACAGCAUGGUAGUGGCAGGUUUGGGUCUAAUGGUGACAGAACUGAUUCCAGGAGAGAAAUAUGACUUUGCUGUGGCCACCUUUGGGGAAGAUGGCUACCAGAGCUCAUGUGUGGAGAGGUCUGUUCACACAGAGGUUCCUCCACCAGAGAAUCUCACUGUGGAUUUGAACUCAUUGACGGCCUCUCUGACGUGGACCAAACCCGCCGGAGUGGACCAGGUGUCUUACCUGCUGGAGCUUCAGAAUCAGAAAUGCAUAGAACCCGUCCACAGAGGUUCCCCCAAUUAUACCUUCACUGGCCUACAACAUGGAGUACAUUACACCAUCAGUGUGUACACUGUGCUGAACAAUGGCCGCCAAAGCAAACCAAGCAGCCAAAUCUUUAAAAUAGAGAUUCCAGUCCCAGAAUGUCUGGCUGUGAGCUCCAUCACUAAAUCAUCUGCUAGCCUCAGCUGGGGGGUGCAUCCUGAGAUGAAGCAGACUCCACACAGAUUCCUGGUCUCUUAUCAGAGUGAAGGGACUGAGCCACAGUCCAUGUUUACUGAGUCAUGCAGCGCAGACACCACAGGCCUGAAAUCAGAAACGGACUACACUGUUAGAGUCUACACUCAGCUCCAACAUGGAGGAAAGAGCCAGCCCGCUUCUGUUCACUUAAAGACAGGUCCAUCUCUGAGAAUUCUGUUGGUUGGAAAGACUGGAGUGGGAAAGAGUGCAGUGGGCAACACCAUCCUGGGGAGAGAAGCAUUUUGCUCAAAUAACUCAGUCACACAAGUAUGUGACGGAGUGUGUAUGGGCAGUCCGAGACCAGUUAAAGUGAUUGAUACACCUGGUAUUUUACACAAAGACAGAGAUGUAUAUGAUGUUAAAGUGAAAUGUUUGACAUACUCGUCUCCAGGACCCCAUGUAUUCCUGCUGGUGACUGCAGUGGGGAAGUUCAGUAGGAAUGAACAGAAGACAGUAAGAGCCCUACAGGAACUCUUUGGGGAAAGAGCUGCAAAGUACACAAUGGUCCUGUUCACUCACAGUGAUAAACUGCAUGGUCAGACUAUUGAUGAAUAUGUGCACUCUGCCCACCCUGAAUUGAAGGAAGUGAUAAAGAGCUGUGGUGGACGAUACCAUGUGUUCAACAACAGGAGCAGAGAUCACACACAAGUUGUGGAGCUGAUGAAGAAAAUAGAUGAGAUGGUGAAGAGAAAUGGGGGAGGUCACUUCACUGAGGAGAUGUACGAAGAGGCGAGGGCGUCUGAACUGAAAAUGAUCCAGUUGAAGUUAGUGGUUGUUGGCGGUCCUUGUUCUGGGAAGGGUAGUUUUCUUAGAUUUUUCCGGGAAAACAAGUUUCCUGAAGAUUGGGUUCCCAUGAUAUUUGAUCACUGUGAAGUUCCCAUUGAAGUUGAUGGGAAACAGGUGCAGCUGGAGCUUAGGGGCACAAAUGGCAUGGAUGACUACGACAUACUGCGGCCCAUGUCUUACCCCAACACAGAUGCCAUUCUCAUCUUUUUCUCUAUAGUUCAACGAGACACCUUGGAGAGCAUUCCAAAUAAGUUCAUUCCAGAGGUCAAACACUUUUGUCCAAACGCUCCCAUCAUUCUGGUGGGUAACAAGAAGGAUCUGCGCAACGAUGAGUACUCACUACAGCAACUAGCAAAGAAUAAACAGAAACCUGUUAAAGAAGAGGAGGGCCAGGACAUGGCCAUUCGCCUCAAUGCCUUUGGCUACAUGGAGUGCUCAGUCAAGAUGAAGGAGGGCCUCCUUGAGGUGUUGGAAUUUGCCACCAGGGCAGCGCUGCAAGCCAAGAAGCCCAGCAAAAAAAGUACCUGCCCCGUGUCAUAGAAGACGAGAGGAUGUUCGGAAAGGGAGGGACA